AUGGCGGAGCAGAAGCUGCGCGUGGCCAGCGUUCAAAUGGCCCUCCAAAAAACCCGGUCGGUCGACGCGCUAUUCGAGCGCGUGGCCCAUUUCGUGCGCACAGCCAGCGGCUAUGGCGCGCAGUUCAUCUGUUUUCCCGAGCAUUUCACGAUCCAGCUCCUGUCGGGCGAAGCGCCGAUGGUGCCGGCGGCGGAAAGCGUCGACCGGCUGACGGCACACACAACGGCCCUGAAGCAGGUGCUCGUCGAACUGGCGAAAAAGCACGCCAUCACAAUCGUCGGCGGUUCACACGCGACGCGCCUGGAAGACGGUGCCGCGCGGAACGUCAGCUACAUCGCCCAUGCCGAUGGACGCCUGUCCGAACAGCACAAGCUGCAUCCGACGCCGGAUGAACGCAGCGUCUGGGGAAUCGACGGCGGUGCGCGGGCCGAUGCGAUCGACACCGAGUACGGGCGGAUCGGCGUCAUGAUCUGCUAUGACAGCGAGUUCCCGGAGCUCGGGCGCCGGCUCGCCGACCAGGACGCCCGUAUUAUCUUUGUGCCCUACUGCACCGACACGCGGCACGGCCAUUUUCGGGUGCGCUAUUGCUGCCAGGCGCGCACGGUCGAAAACCAGUGCUACGUCGUGACAUCGGGCCUUGUGGGCAAUUUGCCGAACACGGACAAUCUGGAGAUGGCCUAUGCGCAAUCGGCGGUGCUGACGCCAUCGGACCAUGGCUUUGCGCGCGACGGCAUCGCCGCCGAAGCGGAACCGCAGGCCGAACAGAUGAUCAUAGCCGAUCUCGACAUGGCGGCGCUGGACGCGGCGCGCGAAGGCGGGUCGGUGCGCAAUCUGGCCGACCGCCGCUUGGAUCUCUACUCGGUUUCAUGGCGUUGA